AUGCAGUCCUUGUUCGGCUUUCAUGAAACCCAAGAAGUGGUUACUAAUGACGUCCCUGAGCUUGCUGAGAACGCCACCGAUGCUCAGAGAGUCAUGCACAAGGAGGCGAAGAAGAAAGAUUGCAAGGCUGGAUAUUGCAUUCAAUCAGAGGUAGUUUUGGCGAAUUUCGACAUGAGUUCUCAUGCUCAAUCGGUGAAAGAGGCAUGGGAUAUUCUUGUCAAGUACUAUGAAGGAGGCGAGAAAGUCAAAAUGGGAGAAGAUGAAAAGAUUGCAGAUUAUGUGUCGAAAGUGAAGAAUCUCGUCCAUCUCAUGAAGGAUUGUGGUGAAACCCUAACUGAUAAGAAGAUAGUUGAGAAGGUAAUGUGUACGUUGACCUUUCACUUUGAUCACGUUAUCGUAGCUAUUCAAGAAUCCAACAAUCUUGAAACCAUGAAAUUGAAAGAUUUGGUUGGUUCAGUGGAGGCGCAUGAGAUUAGGACCAUCGAAAGGAAAGGGGUUCAAGAUUCGAUACAAGCACUGCAGGAUCAGGCUUGGAAGAAGCAUGAUAGUUCCAAUAAGUUCAGAGGAAAAGAACACAAGCCUGAUAGCAAGAAGUCUUGGUUGAAUCCUCAAAAGCACGAGGUCGAUGAUAGGGCUUCUGAAUCCCCGAAAAGAAGAAGAGGAAACUCCUAUCAGAAAGACAAAGAGAAAAAAAGUGUGCAGUUAUAUAAGUGUGAAAAAUGGGGUCACAUGGCAAAGAAUUAUUGGUACAAUAAGGACAAGGGAGCGACAAAAGACAAGGAGGAUGGAUUGAACCUUGCACGCCAAGAUUCAAAUGAUUAUGAAGAUAUGGUUGUUAUGGAUGUUGUUGCAGAUGACCAUGUCGAAUCUAAGAUCUGGUUCCUCGACUCAGGCUGCUUGAAUCACAUGACUGGUCGGAAAGUUUGA